AUUGCCGGGAGUUAAUGAUAACAUGUUCUAUAUAAAGUAAUAUUACAUUGCCAGUAUGCAUUUCAAGUUCAUCGUCGGAAGGACAUGGCAGUCAAGAUUGCGUGUUUAUUAUUGGCCCUGGUAGCGACUUGCUCCAGUUUGCAAAGAUCUAGAGCAGAUGACAACCUUAUAGGACAUGUAGAAGCAUCAGCAUCAUCACAAAAUGCUGUUCCUGAACAGCACAUGAAGUUGAUGCCAUUAAUUCGUUCCCAACGUUCACUCAACUUCAACCCAAUCCACACACAUAUCGGUUCUGGUUUUCGUAGGAACUUCAGGAGAAGUGGAGCGUCUGGUCAGUUCGGUCAAGUUGGAUCUAGGUCCCAAAACGGAUUCGUAAACUCAGGAUCCUCUGGUGGUUUUAAUAAUGGUGGUCGACGUGGAGACCAAGCUACCGUUCCAAAGGGAUUUGUGGGGUCUGCUAAUCAAGGGUUCAGACAUACUGGUGGGUUCAGGAACCCUGCAGAUCAGGGUGGAUUUAGAAGCCCAAUAAACCCCAGUGGUUUCAUGCCAGGUGGUGGAUUUAGGACCCCUGUUAAUCCAGUUGGCGUCGUACCAGGGCGGGUUCAACCAAGUGGAUUCGUCAAUACCGUGAACCCAGGCUCGCACAUGUCAGGAGACAUUCAACCGGGUGGAUUUAGAAGCCCUAUAAAACCUAGUGGUUUUGUACCUGGUGGUGUGUAGAUUCAGAAACCCAGUCAAUCCAGGACGCACCAGGUUUUAAUAACCAACAACCAUAUGCUGUGAAUAAUGGAGAAAUUGCUGGUCAAUAAUAAUAUGUUUUAACUACUGGUGCUAUAUCUUUUAAUAUUCGUGUCAUUAAAGCUGAUUUCAUGAA